AUGAUUCCCUGCAGGAGAGGAGCAGAUAGGGGCCUGCGCCUUUGCCCCGCCUUGCUUAGCACUGAUUGGCCGGUGGAGCCGGCGGCGGCGCCGCUGAUUGGUGGGCGUCGUCUGCCCGUCACGGCCGUCUCCAUAGACAGGGGGAGAGUGAGAGGUUUCCAUGUAAAUGCAGCAGAGGUUUCAAUGCAUUUAUCGUCCCUCAUCCGGCCGCAAAGACUUCCCUCGCUGCUGCUCUCCAGACCGCUGGGAACCGCGUCCUGUGACCCGUUCUCUGUCCUCCGAGCCGACACGGGAGCCGACCCAAUGCUCAACAGAAAGCUGGGAUGCCAGGGGUUUGGGGCGUCAGUGGCUGCGAUGACCUCCUUCCCCCCACAGAGAUACCAUUACUUCCUAGUGCUGGAUUUUGAGGCGACAUGUGACAAACCCCAGAUCCACCCUCAGGAAAUAAUUGAGUUCCCUAUACUGAAGUUAAACGGCAGAACCAUGGAGAUCGAGUCGACGUUCCACACGUAUGUGCAGCCCGUGGUGCACCCUCAGCUCACCCCGUUUUGCACUGAGCUGACGGGAAUCAUCCAAGAAAUGGUGGACGGGCAGCCGACCCUGAGCCAAGUCCUGGAGAGAGUCGAUGAGUGGAUGGCCAAAGAGGGGCUCCUAGAUCCCAGCGUCAAGUCCAUCUUCGUCACCUGCGGCGACUGGGACUUAAAACUCAUGCUGCCAGGACAGUGUGAAUAUUUAGGACUGCAAGUCGCAGAUUACUUCAAGCAGUGGAUUAAUCUGAAGAAGGCGUACAGCUUCGCUAUCGGUACUUGGCCGAAGAACGGACUUCUAGACAUGAAUAAGGGCAUGAGCCUGCAGCACAUAGGGCGACCCCACAGCGGAAUAGACGACUGCAGGAACAUCGCUAACAUCAUGAAGACGCUUGCUCACCGAGGCUUCAUCUUCAAGCAGACCUCCAGGCGCAUCUAAUGUGGUCGGGGAGCCGGGCCGCGGGGUGGGAGUGGGGGCAGGAGGCUGCAUGUAGCUCUUUCCUUACUGCGUCCACCUGGGUGGCCGACCAGAUACAGGACAUUAGGUGGAGGCGACACAUUGUUACGGACUGCCCUCUGAGGUGAGAAGCGCUGUACAUACGGCUCCACCAUGAAGAUCUGUCACACUCCAUCCGCUUUGCCCUAGACAGUUACUACCACCCCCAUCCUCCCCACCUGCUGCCUGUAUCUUCUCCCAGGCGUCCUGGGAUGGCUUAGUUGACAAGACCUCCUUAAUACAACCCCCAUCAUCCAGAAGGCUGAGAUUCUACACUGAAGUGUUUCGUCCCAGUGAGGAAGAUAAGAAUUUACCGUAGUCCGAAGGUCGAGGCAUUAUUAAUGGUGUGCGCUUAUUAGACGACGCUCCGCGCUCAUUGGUGUAAAGGAAUGUGACCGGAGGGACACAGUGCGCGUGCGGAAAUCUGACCACCCCGAGACUUCACCUGGACGCAUCUAGAUCACUGGGAUUGGCCGCUUCUCCUUUAAGAAAGGUUUUAUACUGAAAAGUUCUGCAAAUUCCUAAUAGACUUUGGGGGUCAUUUUUCAUCCGGCCUCGUUUUUCAUGCUGGAGGACAGGCCUCGUUUAUGAGGGGGGUGCCCAAGUCUGAGAUCUACUCCAGACCCCUGACUAGAGUAGAUUUCAGAUCUCGUUUACACCUACCCCCAGGAUGGCGUAAAAACACCCGUGCGACAACAUUUAAAAAGUCACAAAACAAGGUCUUGUUUGCGAUAGCGAUAUUAGUUAAUGACCCCCUUUCUGUUUCACUCUUCAGUAUUUUUCAGAUCUCUGCUUGUUGUCAAUGAAUGGGAACAUUGUUUACAUCCAGAGGUUGGAAACCCUGUUGGACCUGAUAUUUCACAAAACUGAGGGUUUGUUACACUGUAUCAGUUUAGAGGAUAUUGAACAGCCUGGAGCGCUGCUGCAUUUAGCUCACAGUUACUUCACUGAUACAUUGUUACAAACCCGCAGUAGAGAAGAAUGGAAACAAAUGAUAUUAGAAAGUUGCAGAAUGUUACUGGGAAGCUGUAGAUGACCCCCAUUCACCGCCUGAGCUCCGCUCCUGCUUAGAGGGGGAGGGGCAGAGUUGCUCCUUAAAGGGCCGCAUCACUGAUAACGAUAUUGUUGCGUUUGUUCAAACUUUUGUUUCCACCUCAUUAACAGAACAAUAAACAUCAUUGCAUGGAGAACGAUCAGCGUCACCCACCACGGGCGAGAUCAGCAGUUUUCUCAUUUACUUGGCAUCUGUUCGCACCGUCCUGUUAGCCUCUGUUAUCAGCCAAUCAACUGAAAAAUGUAAGGUAAACUGUGAUUGGUCGAGCAAUGAGGACUCGCCCAUUUUAGGGGCAGGUUCUUGACUUUCUAAUUGACACAGUGAAGGUUUCAUUACCCUCGACAGAUGAGGACGGUGACGAACAAUGUGGCAACCGAGAAGUCGCACUCUGAUAAGUGGCGCAUGGGCCCAGCUACAGCCGCUUGUCAUUUAAGAUGCUGAGAACAAUAACUAUUGAAGUUUUUUUUUCAAGUUUUUUUUUGCUUUUCUAACUAAAUAAAAAUUUGUGAAAAGGAACCGCCAUCACGCAACGCUCAGAAAGCUGCCAUGCUGCAGCGAGAACUCGUAAUACUCCAGGGAAAGUCGAGUGACCAGCGCCAGACCCCAGAGAUAUAGGCAGAACCCCCAAAGUAACAACCUUAGUCCCAGGGUCUUCAGUUUCCCGCACAGCCGCCACUACAAUUCCCAGGGGUUCUCACCCAGCUUUCCCAAGACUCCUGAAUGACAAACCUGCAGAACUGUGCAGUGCCAUCCCUUGGGCCGUGCCGCUGCAUAAUGGGCAGAUUGGUUUUUCAGGUCUCUAGGAAACGGUGAUUACUCUUUAUAGAGCUGUAAUGGAGGCCAUAUUGGCUGUCACUCAGCUUUCCCAGGACUAAGAAAUGACAGAAUAUAACACCUCAACAGGAGGAGACUCCGGAGUAACCGUUUUCUGAUCAGUAACGCGUCUCUGGUUUUGACACCGCGCUGUGUCUGGUUUCGCAGGUUUUCAUCGCAAUUUACAGUUUCAUCCUAAAUUCCUGGAAGAGGCCGCACAGGUUUGAUAUCGGCACUUCCUCCAUGACAGUCCAUUCAUUAUUAGCCUCCUGCCCCUUACUGAGACCCCUGAUUCAGACAUGGCGUCACGAUGUACCGCAGUGAUACAACAGUGUCCGGAUGCGGUUACAUCAAAUGCACGGCAGAGGUCGUCGCUCCGGACAUGUGAAGAUUAACAAAAAUAAAAAGAAGUGAAAUUCA